AGUCUCCAAGACGACUUCAAGACAUAAGGUGCUGCAAUGAUGGGUUGGUUGGCUGCACUGUGUCUCCUGCUGCUGCAGACUGGAGUUAAUGCAUUUGAUAUUUUUGAUGGAGACUCUCUGAAUCAUCAGGAGAUCACUGAGAGCGCCAUCUUCGAAACCACGCUGGCUGUUUGCCGCGCUGUGGCUGCGGGCAAAAGGUUCAUAUUACCUAAACGGCCUUACACUGCUGAUUCGGUUGCUCGUGCGUGUGAUGCAUCAAAAUCCUCCAAGAGUUUCCUCCAAACCAUCCAGUUGAUCCAAGACAACAAUGUAUGGAUAGACAAACGUUUUUUCUACAGCGCCCGCCAUCACUUCGACAAUGAGGAAUUCAAGAAGGGAAAGAAACUCAUCACGGAUGGAUUAUCAGCCGUGAAGGCCAGCAAUAAACGGCAGAACUUUGAAGCAGCAAGGAAAAAACUGGGAAGACUGCUGCAUUCUUUACAGGAUUUCUACAGUCACAGUAACUGGGUGGAAAUGGGAGAAACAACUCCAAACUCCAAGCUGAUCAAAUCAGGAAGCAUCGGAAAAACCGCAGCAAAAAGCAGAGCAACCUGUCGCAGCUGCAACGGAGACGACUGCACGAACAACAUUUUGGAGGAUAUCCUGCGGGAAAACAUACUCACCACAGGAUAUUUUGAUUUUGUUCCUCUUUCCUCCAAACCUGAGGGAAAAUGCAGCCAUGGAGGUAUAUAUGAUUUUACAAGCCGCAUUGAUCCUACGGGUGGGAUCAACAAAGACAAGAAUGACUCUGAACACGGACAUCUGCACGUCAAGGCAGCAAACAUUGCCAUUGCUGCGACCAGUCAGGUGCUGGAGGACAUUCGACGGGCUGCCGGUGACACCACAUUCCUACAGCUGAUGGGAAUCAACAAAGGCAAAGCUCUUUGUUUUGUGAUCGACACCACAGGCAGCAUGAGCGAUGACAUUGCGACAGUGAGGAUCGUCACAACCGCUAUAAUCAACAGCAGAGUGGGGACAGAGGACGAGCCCUCGGUUUACAUUCUUGUACCGUUCAAUGAUCCAGACUUUGGGCCCCUGACGAGGACUACAGACCCAGAUGUCUUCAAGGGAGCUAUCAAUUCACUUACUGCAACUGGUGGAGGAGAUUCUCCAGAAAUGAGUCUUUCAGGACUUCGGCUGGCUUUAACUGGUGCUCCUCCAGGGUCUGAUAUCUUCCUCUUCACUGAUGCAACUGCUAAAGACGAUUACCUGGCACCUGCAGUGAUGGCACUCAUAGAACGAACCAAAUCAGUGGUGUACUUCAUGAUUACUGGCCGCCUGGGGUUGCGUCGUCGAAGAGAGAGUAAUGAUACCAACAAUCAACAACAACAACAACAACAACAACAACAACCCAAACUUUUAACCAGAGCAUCUUCCCAGGUGUACGCAGACCUGGCUCAGGCUUCGGGAGGUGUGGCUAUUCAAACCACAAAAAGUCAGUUGCUAACAGCCACCACCAUCGUAACGGAGUCCUCCAACUCCGCUCAGGUCAUCCUUCUGCAAGCGACCAGGAAUCCUGGAAAAUCCGACAAUUUCACUUUCACAGUGGACGAGUCAGUAAAAAACCUAACCAUCUACAUCACUCAGCUCUCCGCCACCUUUACUCUCAUCAGUCCCUCAGGUGUGUCUCAGAGCAGCGCUAACCUGACAGGACCGUUGAUCAGUUCAUCCCAGUCAGUGGGAAACUUCCAGGCUCUGCAGCUGACAACACAAGUGGGACUGUGGGAAAUAAGAAUGGUGUCAACAGCUGCCUACACUGUGAAGGUCAUAGGUGAGAGUUCCAUCGACUUCCUGUUUGACUUUUUGGAGGUGUCCGAGGGCCCAUUGGGAGGUUUUGAUGUCCUGGAAAAUCGCCCCAGAGCUGGUGCCAACGCUAGCCUGAGGGUGACGAUUACCGGGAGUGUGUCUGCCACAGUGACAGAAGUGACUCUGGUGGAAUCCUCCACGUCAGGAACGGUUAAUGGCAGUGUGGAGGCUCAGGGAGAAGGAAAAUACUUUGUUAGGUUUGACAAUAUUCCAUCGAAUGAGUUUGUGGUGCUUGUGAAAGGCCAGAGUGGCAACGCAUCCUCCAGAGCUGUUUCAUCAUUCCAAAGGCAGUCAUCUUCGAGCCUCCGAGCCUCUGCUGUGACUGUUUCUGCUGAUGAUUCAGAAGAUGUUUUGGAACCAGGAGUACCUUUCUCUGUUCCUUUCUCUGUGUUGAAAAAUGGCUCAGGAGGAAACUUCAUCAUCCAAGCUACCAAUGACCAAGGUUUUACGCUAUCAUUCCCAUCCACUUUAUCCCUGACCACUGGAAGCUGGGCAAAUGGCACAGUAAACAUCACAGCACCUGCUAGCACUCCAUCGGGCACUGAUGUGACCCUGACCAUCGAGGCCAGUGCUCCAGGAGGCACAGACACCAACUAUGCUGUUCUGCGUUUGACUGUCCUCACCCCGGUGACUGAUUUCACUGAGCCAGUGUGUCAGCUGCUCAACCUGCAGUCCAACUGCUCUGCAAACUGCAGCGCAUCGAUGUGGGAGCUCUUAGCGGAAGUGACCGACGGGGUGAACGGGUCGGGCAUCGCCACCAUCAGAGUAGGAGAAGGCAACGGGACCAUGAACACUAGCCUGUCCCCCAGUAAUACAACGCUGGUGUCGUAUACAGAGUCUUGUUGUUCACCUGAUGUGGAGAUAGUAGUUGUGGAUCAGGUGGGCAAUGUAGGCUCCUGUUCCUACACGGUCCGAACAACGACACCAACCAUGAACACCACUACAACCACCACUACAACAACCGCACAGCCGACGACAACAGCAGCGUCUACACAAGCUGUUCAGUCUUUUGUUCUUUGCCUUAGCAUCACAAUUCUAGGGCUCAGCUUAACCAUCUAAAA